AUGGGGAAGAGGAAAUUGAAACCACAAGAUAUAGAACGUCGUAAGAAGUUGAAACGUGAUCAGGAUGCACAAUUAUCUGUGGGACUUUUCAAUGAAGGGGAAAUCAAAAGUGAUGAUGACGAUGCUGAUGAAGAGAAGGGCAAUGCCAAUUGGGAAAAUGAGGAACAGGAUUAUGAGUUGAGACCAAGAGUAUUGAAAGAAAAGCAUUUGGUUGAGUCGUUACCUAUUAAGCACCAAGAUGGAACGGUUGAGAAGGUUAUACGAGAAGUUGUGGAGAAGAAGCAGCUCAAGGAGGAAGAAGAGGAAGAAGAGGAAGAGGAAGAGGAAGAGGAACUAAAGGAAGAGGAAGAAGAGGACGAGUACGCCAGCCUUACUCCACAAGAGAAACUUAUCAAGACCAAGGAGGAUAUAGCAGAACUAGCUUCGAAACUAAUAGAAAACCCCGAAGAAAACGUAUCGUGUUUAACGAGAUUAAGAAAAAUGUCUGAAUCUAAAAACUUUAUGACUUCACAACUAGCGAUAAUGGCAAUGAUUCCAAUAUUCAAGUCCCUAGCUCCAUCAUAUAAGAUCCGUGCAUUAACAGAUAUGGAAAAACGCGAAAAAGUAAGCCGAGAAGUGGCUAGAUUGAGACAAUUUGAGCAAAGUUUAGUUAUCAACUAUAAGGCUUAUAUUGACUUACUCUAUCGUCUAUCAAAAGUGUCAUAUUCCAAUUCAGUCAAUAACAAUAAGAUCAGUAGUGAUCAAUUGAAAAGAGGCAAUUUAGCAGUUAAAGCAGCCCAAGAGCUAUGUCUUUCGUCAUUGCGACAUUUCAAUUAUCGCUCAGAGCUAUUCACAAUAUUGAUCAAGAGGUUGAACAAAAAGCCCAAACAAGCAGAGGACUUUCCUGUUUUCGUGAAAUCGAUACGUGUUUUGGAACUGUUGCUAAAGGAAGAUGAAGAAAAUGGAGAUAUUACACAAGACAUUAUUAAAAUAAUGACCAAAACAAUCAAGGACAAAAAAUUUCGAGUUGAUGAAUCCGUGUUGAAUAUAUUCUUGUCUAUUUCGCUUUUAGAGGAUUAUGACCCCAACAACAAUAGCAAUAAAGAAACACCAAAGACCAAACUUCGCAAGAAAGAUCGCGUUCAUCUUUCUAAAAAGGAAAGAAAGAAUAGGAAAGAACUUAAGGAGAUUGAAGAGGAACUAAGAGUUGCACAGCAAGCAAUAACCGUAGAACAACGCGAGAAGUAUCAAUCUGAGGUAUUAAAAAUGGUUCUCAUGACAUAUUUAGAGAUACUAAAAGCCGGUCAAAGUUCAUUUACUCAUGAAGAAGGCAAUAGGUAUCAGGAUGCUAGUAACUUAAUGGGCAGUGUGUUGGAAGGACUAAGCAAAUUUGGUCAAAUGUCAAAUUUUGACCUUCUUGGUGAUUUCUUACAGGUUCUUCGUGAGAUCAUGUUGGAAAUUUGCGAAGAGCAUUCAGUAGAAGGCGGUGUUUUUUCAGGUAAGCAAAUUCGCACAAUACUCUUGUGCAUUGCUACAUCGUUUUCGCUUGUCCUCAAUCAUGGAUCAGUAGGUAAAUUGCCAAUUGCUAUAGAUUUCAGUAUCUUCAUUGACACAUUGUACAAAAUCACCUCGGAUAUUUCCCUUGAUUUUGAUUUGGAGUUUAGUCAUAAAACAUUAAGAUUAGCAGACCCCUUGUCCGAAGAACAACUUACGAAACCAGCAGUGAAUGUUUCGACGAAAGCUGAACUUCUUCUUCGCUGUCUUGAUUUCAUUUUUUUCCGCUCAAAAAAUGGUACUAUAUCUAGAGCAGCAGCAUUUACUAAACGAUUAUAUAUCCUUUCUUUACAAACACCAGAGAAGACCACAUUGGCAAUUCUUAAAUUUGUUGGUAAAUUGAUGAGUCGUUACGAUAAUAAUUUAAAGGGAUUAUGGAAUACAGAAGAGAGAAUAAGUGGCGAGGGCGAUUAUAUUCUAGGUAUUGAAAAAGAUGAUGAAGCUAUUAUCAAGGUGGAAAGAUGUAAUUUUGGUGCUGCCACCUUAUGGGAAAAUGUACUCUUGGACAAUUACUAUUGUCCGUUGGUUAAAGAUGGCUCUCGGUCAUUGAUGAAAAACUGCAAAAUUAGCGGGCGAAAAUAA